AUGUGGACAGGAACUUCGCGCAGCACUGCGAGUGUAGCUGGUGAUGGUUCUUCUUCGUCUCAAUACAAGACCUCCGAGCGUUCGAAAGAAGCUCUUAUUCGUUCCCUCAAUCGUUUCAAUUCAUCUAUGUUAAUUGAUGCAAAAUUUGUAGAGUCCGAUUUAACUCUCGGUGGCUAUUUCAUGUACAUCUAUAUAAGUGAGCAAAAUGAACGACUUGUUAUCCCAAGCAUGUUAAGUGGCCUUACCUGGAUACGAUGUGGCCAUUGUUCUUCUAACUGUGAGGAUCAACAUCAAUCACUUUAUGAUCCAAAAUUUUCAUAUACCUAUACGAACAUUAUGUUUGACUCAAAAGAGUGCAAAAUUCUACAACGUAUUGAGCCUGAGCAAUUAGGUGAGUGUCGAUAUCAAGACUACCAUUCUGGCAACAAUUUAUUAUCCUCUGGGGUGUUGGCCACUGAGACCUUCUCCUUGAAAUCUCUAGAUACACGUGAUGAAAGCUUCUCUCAUAUAGUAUUUGGAUGCGAUGAAGUACAUCAAGGAGAUUUUAAAGAUGGGGUUCAAGGUGUCGUUGGCCUUGGACAAGGGCCACUUUCAUUGGUUUCUCAAGUAGGGAAAAAAUGGCCAUUCGAGGUACAUAGUAAGAUUAAAUUCGGAUCAAAUUUAACUCUCAACAAACAAAACAAAGAAUAUAAAGUUGAAUUUCAGCCUUCUCCUCCUAACAUCCGCUACCACCUCAACCUUGAAGCCAUUAGCGUUAACGAUGAGAAAAUAGAGAUAGUAAAUAAAGAACAUGAUAUGAUAGUUGACAUUCAGACAUCCUUGACGUCAUUGCCUUCAAAUAUAUACAAUGAAUUCAUCGCUAAGGUUAAAAGUUAUUUUGGCAACGUACGCUCAAUCGAGCAUCCGGAACACGGCACUUGCUUCCUCAAAAAUCAAGUCAACAAUCUCGAGAGUCCCAAAGUUGUGCUUUAUUUUUUUGACUCAUCCGGAUCCCAUGGAGACUUUCCUGUGAAUCCUUCAAUAAUGUUUGAGGAAAGUACUGUUGGUCUCAUGUGUUCGACAAUAAUCCGAAAUGAUGAAAUUUCGAUUCUGGGGAGUAGGGCACAAGUAGACGUUGAGAUGAUAUUUGACCUGUCGGCCCAUUCACUCACUUUUGCUGCAGUUGAUUGCCUCAAAGAUGAAACUUAA